AUGGCUCUGAAUCGUAUUGAGGGACACAACCUCUACAUCGGGGGCGUGAUCUCCCUCAGAAACAAAGCCGCACUACAAGAAGCCAAUAUUACGCACGUGGUCUCCGUACUACGUAUGCGUCCAGAUGAGAACCUAACGGAAGGCUUUCAACAACUCAAAAUCGAAGUCGACGAUGUAGAUGAUGAAGAUCUUUUGCAAUAUUUUGCCUCCGCCAAUGCCUUCAUUCAGGCAGGGCUGGAUGCAGGUGGUGGUGUUUUGAUUCACUGUGCUAUGGGAAAGUCCCGUUCGGCAACUAUAUGUAUAGCAUAUCUAUUGCAUCAACACCCAAAGAAACUUGACCCAGAGUCAGCCCUGGAACUGAUUCGCAAGACCCGUUCAAUAGCUGAGCCAAAUGAUGAUUUUAUGAGGCAGCUAUGGCUAUAUCAUGAGAUGGGUUGUCCAGAUGACGUCACUAAAGAUCCUAGAUAUCUACGUUGGACAUCGCAUCGUCAAAUCGAGCUUAGUGCGGCAUGUGGCAAAGCUCCGGAGAUUGAUGUAGUGCGGUUUGAGGAUGAGUUACAGCGUGAUAGUCUUGCUUCUGCUGGGGACAAGGUGACUGAGAUUCGAUGUCGUAAAUGCCGACGAAUGCUGGCCACAACACCCUUCAUUAACCCCCAUGACCAAGACACCAAAAAGCCCACCAAGCCAUCUCCCGGUGGCUUGGACUGUGCACACAUAUUCCUCCAUCCAUUAACAUGGAUGCGCCCCUGCCUAUUUCCGGGCCCCGCCGCCGGUGCUUCAGACCCUUCAAGUGCCUCUAGCACAUCUUUCGAGGACGGCGGUGGGCUGGGCACAGCAAGCGACGAACCUCCAUUAUCAGGUCGUCUAACAUGUCCAAACCCCAAGUGUGAAGCUAAUGUAGGUAAAUUCGCUUGGCAAGGGUUACGAUGUAGCUGCGGGAAAUGGGUUGUGCCGGCUAUUGGGGUUGCACGUGCGAGAGUUGAUGUUACUGAAAGAACGGUCGAUAGCACUACUUCUGUUGGAAGCAGCAACAUCAACGACAAAAAUGGCAUCAAUAAUAGAUUAGGGGCUAUGGGCAUUCGAUUACCGCCUCAUAUGCGUGGAAAGGCCCACGAGAAUAAUGACCAGAAUCCGAGAAACAAUCUCUAG